AUGAUAAAUGCUUCCAGUGCACAACAGAUUCAUCAAGGUUCCAACACCAGCAGCCAUAAAAGUAACACUCUAAGUGGGGGUUUUACUUCUCAAAACAAAAAUACAAAUAGUUCAGUUAUUUUGAAAGAUGGAAACUCUUCCCUCAGUGGGAAUGUGUCUAAUUCAAAUAGUUCCAGGACUUGCAUCACUGGGAACUCUGGAGCAACAAUAGGCUGUGAAUCCACACCUAACACUGUUGUUCCAGCACAGCAUAAGCCAACUUCCACUCUAGUCUUCCCUUCCAGCAGUAGUAAUGUGAACAGGAACACUUCUCAAAGCAGUUUCUACAAGAGUUCUGCAUCACAAAACCAAGCUCAGCACAAUAAAUUUCAAAAUGAAACAGGUGUUGCACCCAAUACUAACAAAGGAGUUAAGAAUAUCCCACAAUCUGAUCUAGCAGCAGCAGUGACAUCAGACAAUUCUUUCUUCAGUAAGAAGAAGACUGCUACAGUGAAGGGGUCUGCUGUGUUGAUAUCAAGGGACAGGUUUGUCUUGAGUAUUGGGUAUUGCAGCCCCCUAGUGGAGAUAUAUUCUGUAACCAAAAGAUGGGAUUUCAAACUAGAAGAAUAUGAAGAAUUAAUGCGAAGGGCCAGAAUUCUGAUGCAGCAAGGAGUAAUAGAACUGGAGGGUCUGCCCCAACCUCUUCUCCAGGCUUUUAAACCUGCCUGCCAAGGGAAGAUCACAGACAACCACGUGCCAAACGCUGACUUGACACGCGUGCCUGACACACUGACUGGCUCUCUCAUGCCUUUCCAGAGAGAUGGAGUGAAUUUUGCCAUCUCACGGGAAGGACGUGUUAUAAUAGCAGAUGACAUGGGUCUUGGGAAAACAAUACAAUCCAUAUGUGUGGCUUGUUACUACAGGAAGGAGUGGCCCCUUUUGGUUGUGGUGCCAUCUUCAGUCAGAUUUGCAUGGUCCGAGCAACUACAAAGAUGGAUCCCUAAUCUCAACCCAGAUGACAUUAAUGUGGUGGUGACUGGUAAAGAUGACGUCACAGCCGGGAAAGUUGUCAUUGUCAGCUAUGACAUGAUGACCAAAAAGAAGAAUGAUCUACAGCAUGUAGGAUUCAAGGUGGCCAUUUUGGACGAAAGUCACUUUUUGAAAAAUUUCCGCACAGCAAGGUGCCAAGCAGCACAACUGAUUUUGAAGGUAUCCAAACGUGUGAUCCUCCUCUCAGGGACGCCUGCGUUAUCUCGUCCCGCGGAGCUGUACACCCAGCUGAGGCUCGUCAAGCCUCAACUCUUUCCCAACUUCCACCUCUUUGGUCUACGAUAUUGUGAUGGUAAACAGAAUAAUUUUGGCUGGGACUACAGUGGAUCCUCUAAUUUGCCAGAGCUCCAACUUCUCUUGGGAGAGACUAUAAUGAUCAGGUAA